GUAUGCAAGUAAAAUUAUGUUCUCAGAGUUUGUCUGACAUUCAAACUUUACGACUGCUGCAUGAAAAACCAACAGGAAUGAAAAAAACAUAAUUUGUUUCUCAACGGCGAAGAGAAGCAGAUACUCAUUUUCCUUUGCUGAUUACGAGAUGUGUGGGCGUUUUUGUUGUUCGCUCAACCCAGAGGAACUGAAAAGCCGGCUGUAUAAAGAAAAUGUUUUGAAGCAUAAAAAUGUCUCCUGGAUCGAUGAAACAAAACAUCGAGCAAGUUACAAUGUCUGUCCUGCACGUUACAUUGCAACUGUUUUUCAAAGCUCAGAAAUAGAUAAUGAGCGAAUUAUGAAGUCCAUGCAAUGGGGCUACAUUCCCUCUUGGGCCAAAGCAGCCCCUCCCGCUAAACCUAUCAAUGCAAGGGUUGAGACUUUAACUGAGAACCCUAAUAGUGUUUUUAACGCUUCAAAGAAUUCUCGACGUUGUGUCAUUGUUGCAGAAGGAUUUUUUGAAUGGAACAAGAAACGACAAGCAUUUUACAUUGAAAGAAAGGAUAAAAAGUUGAUGCUUUUCGCCGGCCUUUAUAGUAACUCUCAUUUCAAUGAUGAUGAUUUGACUACUUGUACUAUAAUCACAACCCAUGCAUCCAGCUUCUUCUCUAAAAUUCAUGAUCGAAUGCCAGUUAUUUUGGAUGAAAGCGAUAUUGGUAUAUGGCUGGAUAAAAACCAACCCUGGGAUCAGCGUGUAACUGGUUUGUUAAAACCAUUCGAAGGGUUACUUCAUUGCUUUCAAGUUACGGAUAAAGUAGGUCCGAUAAAAAACGACUACCCUGAAUUGAUUGUUCCUAUCGAUAAGCAAAAGAAUUCGAUAUCACAAUUCCUUAAACCAAUGGAUUUAAAGACGGAAAUGCAGAAGGAUCUUCCAGAGCCCGCAGUUAAGAAGGAAGCGGCAAGUGGAAGUAACAGUAACGACAGUUUUACAGACACAGCUUCACCACCAAAAGCAACGAAAAAGAGAAGGCAUAGUAGUGAUCAGGCCAAUAAAAAUAAUAGUAAGAAGGCUGAUGAAACUCAUGCUACAAAGGCACCAAAAAUUACUCAAUUUUUUAGCAAAGGGAAGAAAUGAAAUGUUUAUAUGCUUAAACGCUAAUGGUUACAGCCUACUGUGAUACUUUUAAGAAUGGCAUAAUAUGCAACAACAAAAUAUCUACAAAAAUUAUGUUUACAAGUUUACAUUCCUACUAACUAAAUACAAAUGAAUAACCAUACUUUAUGAAAGUCAUUAUUAAUAGUCUAGAAGUUUUGUA